UGAACCCAAUAAUCUACCUUUGUUCUUUCCUUGCAUUUGAAAGUUGUAAAAAUGAUAUUGUCGAGAGUGUGGUUAGUGGUGACGUUAGCAAAGGCCAUGAUAUUCUCUGGGACUUGUCCAGAGCCAUAGUUUAUGCCAUAAUGGACAAGGGUAAGAAAACAGUUCCAAUGAAAUGUGGUGAAAGAAGUGAUUGUCUGCAACUAAAAGAUCCUGACAUGUUAAAGGACUUAUAUGAGCUUAAAAGAUGAUUGACACGGACUAUGCUUUUUAGCAAAAACAAGGUAUCCUUCCAGAUUAUCCGAUGCUGGAUUCGUUGAGGAGGAUGUCCUUCUCAGGGAGAAUUGUGAGAUUCUAGUGCCCGCUUUCACAGUUGUACGUGAUAGAGAUUCAAAGCUUAGAAGACACACUGACAGAUGCAAUGGGUGCUCCUGUUCCCUUCGAACAUAAAUUCAUUUGCAGUAUCAGUCACGAUGGUGACGUUACGAGGAACACAAUUUCAGGACAAGCACACUGUGGCAUGGUUGCUGCAGCUGAUUGGAUUGAACAGCAUUGCACUUCUAUACUACUUCGUGCUCUUCGUGAUUACCCCGACUAUAAAGUCAAGGUUAAGAUUAAGCACAAAGCAUUGCUAAAUGCUGCUCAUAGAGCUAUAACUGCCAUUGAAUCUCACUUACCACUUGUAUCUGGUGCUAAAGCAAUUGCAAAUCAUGCAGUAACCAGUGGCGCCAAGUGAUGAAUCUGACUAUGAUGGUGACGCAUUUGAUGAAGAGGAUGAACAAGUCAUAUCUGGAGAAGAGUUGCAUGUUGAAGCUAUUGGACAAGCUUGAAUUGGAGAGUCAAGAUAUUACACUUAACAUGAAUGUUCAGGAAAAAAAAGAAGCCACAACCAAAGAAAUCACAGAAGAGAAUCGUGUUGUUCAUAAUGAAGAAAAAGAAUGUGCAAUUUCAACGUUAGACAACUCCGGGCAAGAUUAGGCAUAUUGUCCCUUCACGUUCAUUUGGAAAUUUAAGUUCAAACCACAAUGGUCCAGAUGAGAAACGUCUCUACUUAUUUGAAACGCCUAAACAAUUAUAUGGGAAACUUAGACUUUUAAAAGGGGUGAUAUUUGAUCAUAUGACAAACAAGUAUAAAAAGAUGUUGCAUCAAUUGAUCGAUCAAUUAGAAAACAAACACUACCAAUACGGUGGAUGAUGAGAUGAAGAACAACAAAUGGACAAGAUAUUAAUUAGGUACUAAUAAUUGGCUCGUGGAUAUGUAGAAUUAAAAUUAGUUUUUUUUUAUAAUAUUUUUAUUGUCAUGUUUUUUGUGUGUAUCAGAAGUGUAAUUGUUGUUAAAAAUAUGCUUUAAUUCGUGGCUGAAGUGGAUAGCUUAAUUUUCAGCCAUUUGUUAUUUUUGCUUAGUGGAAUUCAAUGUAUUAUCCGCAUGUUUAAUCUAUAUAUAUAAUUUGAUGGUAUAAUUUGUAGGUA